AGGCCGGCCGCUGCCCGCGCCGGUGUCUCCGGUUGCCGGGCCAAGCCUCGCCAGACUGCACGGCCCGGGAUCCAGGCUCCACGAGUUGCUCUCAGCUCGGGAUUCACGCACCCCGGGCUCGAACCUCGGAUGUACAUCUGAGAGCUCGGCUGGAGGGUGGGUCCAGGCCCAGCGGAGACAUGGGGAAAUUUCAGUCCAAGCACGGGGACAGCUUCGUGGUGCCUGCGUACGGGAGCGGUCGCAGGGGAGCGGAAGAGACCGACCGGCGUGCGGGCAGCGGUGUGGAACAUCGCUCAUGGGACAAGCAGGAGCUGCUCAAUGGAGACCCUAAGGAGGGGCCUUUCUGGGAAGACAAGGGUUCCCUAGAAGUUGUGCUGCCCCCUGAGAAGUCUGAGGGCCAUGAGGGCCAGGGUCAGCUCUUCAGCACAGAUGAUGGGGAGAAAGCAGCAAGCCGUGAGGGUCCACUGAGACUUAGCAAGAAGCACUUGAACAUUGACGCACUGCAGUGUGACGUCUCAGUGGAAGAAGACAACCGCCAAGAAUGGACAUUCACGUUGUAUGACUUUGACAACAGUGGGAAAGUCACCAGAGAGGACAUGUCCAGCCUGAUGCACACCAUCUAUGAGGUUGUCGAUGCCUCUGUCAAUCACUCCUCUGGCAGCAGCAAGACCCUUCGAGUGAAGCUAACUGUCAGCCCUGAACCCUCCAGCAAGAAGGAAUGUCCUCUCACUGGCCAAGACCGGGAGCCCACUCGUGGCAGAACAGAGAUUGAGCUCACAGAUGAGCCCCGAGUGGCUGACAGAAGGCUCUCCGCCUACAGCAGGAAGCCCAAUGCUGAUCCCCAGCCCUGCUCUGUGCGAGUGCCCUACUGUGUGGAUGAGAACACAGAGCGCAGAAACCACUACCUAGACCUUGCUGGCAUCGAGAACUACACAUCUAAGUUUGGUCCUGGGUCACCACCUGAGCAGGCCAGGCAAGAACAUCAUGGCAGGGCCACACACAUUCCAAGCAGGUCCCGAUCACAAGAGUCGGAUGCCCACGCUAUACACCACCGCAGGUCUCAAGUCCUGGCUGAGCAUGUCAUACCAGCUAAUGAGCCUGCCACCCGGGCCCUGGCUGCACAGCCCCGGCUCAAGGGGCAGGAGAAGCAGUUCCUCAGGUCUCCUAAGGGUCCAGGAAAACCUCUUGGGACACCAGGCAGUGGCAAGCCAGGGAAAGCUCUCAGCUAUUGCCUGCAGGCCGUGCCACUGCCCCAGGGUCCUCAGGACGGCCACCACCUUCCUCAGCCUCCACCACAGCCUCCGCCGCAGCCCUAUGGUCACAAGCGGUACCGGCAGAAAGCCAGAGAAGGCCACUCACCACUUAAGGGGCAUGGCCAGCCUACCAUGGUGGAGCAUGAAGUGGUACGGGACCUGCCUCCCAUGCUGGGGCCUGAGGGCUAUGUGAUGCCUGUGGUCCAGAGGCAUGAACACCACCAUCACCAUGAGCACCACCACCAUCACCACCACCACCACUUCCACCCAUCCUAGCACCCAAACAAGCACUCUGCCCAAAUGCCCUUGGGAACAGAGCAGGGGCUGGCAUGUGCCCAGUAGAGAGUACAGCAUCCCCUGGCUCAACACCGGCUGCAGAUGUCAAGGGGACACACCAGGGAGAUGGCACCAGGCUUGGAUAUUCAUGGACAAAGCUACCUUUCUCCCUGCCAUUUGGAUACCAGUACAUUUGAUGCAGCCAAUUAUUACCAGUGACAUGUGCUCCUGUGUCAUCCAAAAAGCCCAUACAUGAGGGCACAAAAGCAUCUGUUCCUGCUUUUGCUGCAGUGUGGCCAUGGGAUAUUUGAAGGCAUUCUUUGAAUCCUCAUGGCUCUUUGACCUUCGGGUACCUGAAUAGAAAAGGCAAUGCUUUUUGUGAAGUUUCUAUGUUGUAAAGUCAGUGAACUGGCUUGGAAAGUGGUUCUUCUUCAAUGUACCAUGUUAAACAAAGCAAAACAAAGAGGCCAGAAUAUCAGCAAAUGUGGAGGGGGCAACUGUUGAGCAGAGGGACAGGGUGAUGUUCCGUGGGCAGCAUGAGGCUUGGUGUCGAGCUUCCAGCAUCCUAGGUAGAUAUGGAUAAGACCCAGACGGGUUGGGAUGAGAAGGAUCAGGUACAAUGCUGGGGAUCCUCAUUCAGGCUGUGCAUAGCCAAGUGAUACUUAGAUGUCCCUCCAUAAAGGCUGCAAAGGUGUGGGGUCCUCAAGAAGCCACAAUUUUCAUGGUUCCACCAGCAGGACAGAACAAGAGGCACUUUUUAACCUCUUGUGAGUUUAUGAAGGUUGGGCAUUAUGCCUUCUUGGCAUAAUAAAGAAUUGUGCAUUCUGUAACAUGGCACACAUAGCCUUGUAUUAAAACACUUUUCUGAGAGCGGUGGUUAGUGUACUGACACACCGUAGCUGCAGGUGAAGAUGACAGGUACUUGUGGAGGGUGAAUGCUGUAGAACCAUCUUGGCUUAUGCUGCUUGACGCACAACGACUCCAUAGCAAAGCUUCUUAAUAAGGGAUUUCUAGACUAAGAAAAACCAGAACUCUAAACCCGGAGUUCAGCUCAUGUUAACAAGAAAUGCCAAGCUCCAGAUGGGCUCCGUGGGCUCCAGCUUAUGCAGACUGUUGGGAAGCAACACAACCUUGUGUUUAUCUCCUUUCCCCCAACCUAUUCUAAGGAAUUCCUGAAGAUCUGAAUGUGAUGUCUCUGACCUGGGGACCAUCAGUCCUCUGUAGGCUGUUCACUGUUCUGUGGUCACUUCACAGCUAGACAUGCUCCCGAAAACGGAAAUGGCUAGAGUGUGUCACCCUUUCCUUACAACAUGUCUAAAGUACCCACGUCAUGGAUGUAGAGAUGGCACGUAUGUGAGGUUCCAUCACCCACACCACAGCAGAGGGAUUUGCACAGGAAUCAGCAUGACCACCCAGUUUGCUUCUCAGUAUGCAGCACUCUUAUAUUGGGCUUGUGUUAAGAGGUCCUUUCAGGAGGCUGAAGAGAUGGCUCAGCAGUUAAGAGCACUGGCUGCUCUUCCAGAGGUCCUGGGCUCAAUUCCCAGUACCCCCACAUGGCAGUUCUCAACUGUCUGUAACUCCAAUUCCAGGGCUUCCAACACCCUCACACAGACAUACAUGUACAUAAAACACCAAUGAACAUA